AUGCCUCCUCAACUACGAUGCUUAAACGCAGUGAGAAAUGCGAUAUCAAUACCGAGCCUGAGAAUGCAGUUCUCAACUAGCAGAGUUAUGUGCGCUGACCUCCCUCCCGCCUUCCAAGCAGAAACUGCGGAAUCGAUGAGUUUAAGUGGCCUCCAGUCACUUGUGAACAAAGUCCAAGAGAGAAAUACUCUCAAGAUGGCAGAGCGAGAUAAAGCAUUGCAAGCUAAAGCUAGAGCGACCCCACAAACCGACGCCGAGGAAAAUGGAGUAUAUGUUGCGAGAUCAGACUUGACGAAACAAAUGUAUAGGAGGUGGAGGGCUGGAGAUAUUUACGCGCCUCACGAUUUAAGUGGAACAGAAGCGGCGAAAUGGAAGAAGAGAGGAAAGGUUACGAGUGAUGUUUUUGACGUCAUUGCUUUUGAUCCAAUAGCUACGGGGAGUUAUAAGAAUUUCUCGAUUAUGUCAGAAUACGUAACGCCGAUGGGAAGGAUUAAAGGAAGUAGAGAAACUGGGUUGAGACCGGUCAAUCAGAGAAAGAUUGCGAGGACAAUCAGGAGGUCUGUUGGUAUGGGUAUGAUGCCGAGUGUGCAUAGACAUCCAGAGGUUCUUUAUAUGGCGAGAGAAAGGGCAAAUUUGAAUGAUAACUACAAACGAGGUCCAAUGGUUUAA